UGGGGGACAGUUGCUUUCGACCGGUGGUGGCGAUAGGUUGCACGUUUUUAUUUCUCUACUAACACAAAACAGAGAACCGUUGAAGGGGGGAACAUAAAGAAUUUGGUGUGUUUUCGUGUGUGUGUCUGUUUGAAAUUGUUGGAGCUUUGAGUUUUAGUUUCGUGUGUGUUUUACUCGUUUUUCAAAAGUGUUUUGAUUAUUAGCGUUUCCAUGGCGUCGGGUGGCCAUCCUCACGCAACUUUGACGAUGCCAUCACAGUCUUACAGUGGCGAAGAUCAGAGCAGCAGCAAUAGUACGAGUCCGUUGGCCGUUUGGACGGCCCAGGUGCCAGCUUUGAGUGCCGGUGGCGUCGUCGUCAAUGGCCCAUCGGAUUUGUGCUGGCAAAUGGUCGAAAGCGGCCAGCAGGCCGUGCAGCUGCGCCGCAGACGAAACAGCCAGAAACUUUUCCACUUUGGUCGGACCCUCUUGUUGAAACAUCUUCCACGCGAUGUCAACGAACACGAAAUCAGAGACAUGCUGAACGCCCGAGGACUGAAAUCUUCCAGCGUGACGUUAUCACCGUGCGGAUCGGGUCCCAACUGGGCGAGAGCAGCGCCUGUGAACGCCGAAAGUCAGCCAGAUUUUUGGGAAGAAUGGAAACAAUUGUGCAUCCGUGACAAACUGGACGCUUGCACAAUCCGAGGGCACAAGAUCUCGCUGAGCCCAUCACCGACUGAAAACCUGCUCUGCGUUGCCCGGCUGCCACGCGAUCUCCUCGACGACGAGUUCAAAGAGCUCGUCUCUUCGUAUGGUCCAGUUCGCCGUUGCUUCCUACUCUACAGCGACAAAACCGGCGAGAGCAAAGGCUACGGAUUUGUUGAAUAUCAAAGCAAAGAUUGCGGCCAGCGCGCCCGAGCCCAGCUCGAUGGAAGAAUCUACGAGGGUCAGGCAUUGGCUUGCGAUUGGCUCGACACUUCAAUCGUCACCCUCGCCGGUCUCCACUCCAAGUUGCUCUACGUCGACUGCCUCCCGGGCGGAUUCCGAGACAUGAGCCAAUUUAGGACGCUCUUUUCUCAAGUGGCCAAUCCACCAUACUGCCAGAUUGCGCUGAAAGGUGGAGCUCCUCAAGAUUGGGGUCUGGUUGAAUUCUCGCAAGCCCAGGAAGCCGAGGAUACACUCCGAGUCCUGGACGGAAAACUCUUUCAUAACUCACCCAUCAGGGUGGCUUUCUUUAUACCCGGUGUUAGGGCCAUCAACAUUUACAUGAAGCUUCUGAACGACACGUGUCAGAAUAAAGGCAGAGCUGCUCUGUUACCCGAACCACCAAGCGAUACCGUCUUCCAUCAAUUGCAAAACCUGACCAAACAGAACCCUGCAUUUGUUCACAGUCUGCAGAAUAUCAUCCUAACGCAAAUACAACAUCUCAACAACCCGGCAAACAGUACGAGCUCAGGCAAUUCUAGCAACACUUCGGGGGCGGCGCUAACUGGGGCCCAGAGGGCUCAGUCUGGCCACCACCAGCAAUCCGGCCAGCACCACCACCACCAACAGCAGCAGCAAGCUAGCAAUGCUUCGCUAGCAGCCAGUGCCCAGGCGGCCCUGUCGAUGCUCUUGGCCGCCCAGCAGACCACGCAACCGAGUCCGGCCGGUAGCUGCAGUAGCAGUGGUAGCAGUGGUUCUCUUAGUCACGUUAGUCCUCCUCCACAACAACAGCAGCAGCAGCAGCAAGGGCCAAAUUCUUGUUCCCAACCGCCACCAGCUGCUGCUGGUAAUAGCCGGAUGAUUCCAUCGCAGUAUGGAAACAGUUAUCGACCAGCAACUUCUACCACCCAAGCUCAGCAGCAGCAGCAGCAGCAGCAACAACAUCAACAGCAGCAGCAGACAUUCCCAUGCGGAUUGAUGGAAGCUCCGCCGUUGAAUAUCAACGUACCGCCGCCACCUUUUCUUUAUCAUCGACCACCAGAACCCACUCGACCUCUACCUCCGCCGCCUCCGCCACCUCCCCCUAUGCAGAUGCAGGAACCUGCGGCUGUCAACAACCUGCAGCAAACACUGUCGGCCCUCCUGGGAACGCUCAGCACGGCUGUCCAGUCUCUCUCGCCCAACUCUAGUGCACCUCCUUUGACUCAACAACAAACGGCGGCUGGAGCCUUGCUCGGUCUUCUCCUUCAAAUGGUUCAACAGCCCAACAAUUCUCCCCCACAGCAACAACAACAACAACAACCGUCGCCGCUGGCUCCGCUGAGCCUGACGACCCUGAAUCACGACACGAACGCUUCGUAUGGGAAUCUCGGCGGUCUGCUGACGACAGCGCCUCCCGGUGGCCCUUAUGCCAACUACCUCCCACCUCCGUCACUCAACCACAGCCCAUCAUCGUCUUCUUGUCAGUCGUCGCUGUCGUCGACAUCUUCCCUGGGCGCUUCCACGAAUGUCGGUACCUGGAACCACAUUCUGGGGCAAGUUCGCUCUCUAGGAAGUGGCGGUCCCAGUUCGUUGGGUUCAGCCGGUUCCAGGGGCUCAUCUCCGACUUCGUCGUCCAGUCCCAGCACAAGCCCAGCUCGUGGAACAGCUAUUUGCGUGGGCAACAACAACAAUUUCGCAACGCCCAUUCAGCAGCAGGGCACCAAACGGAAAUACAGUAACCACGUCUUACCAUCGCCUGAGCCUUCUCCGGAAGCCGGAUAUAUCGGCCAGCACUCGCAAGGCCUUGGCGGACACUAUGCUGACUCUUAUUUUAAGAGGAAGAAGCGAAACUGAAAAGUUUUGUCCCUUCUAUAAACACACAACUUGUUUUAAAAAUACCAACCGUAUUGGUGACAAUUUAUUUGGCAUUUUUAAAUCUCCAUUUUAAUGAUCUUCAAUUCGAACCCUCUCUUUUAAAUGUUUUAACGUUAUUAUUUUACGUGCGCCAUUUUUUGAUUUUUUUUUUUUAAUCUAAGACGGGGCCUUAUAAAACCUUGUGUGAACAUAGUGAUUGUAAAAGAGAAAAAAAAAAUCGGCUCUAUUCAUGUGUAAGAGGUAAUUAAUCGAGGCCCUUUUAAUCCAGACGGCAGCUCUACCCGAUUUCAAUUUUAAAUUAUUUUUAAAAACUGAAAAAGCAAAAGAAAUAAACGAGCAGCUGAGGCGGUGUAUUUGUAAUUACCUUGCCAAUCCCUCCCCCCCGUUACUUAUAUAUAUAACUCCAUCUAUUGGUGGCUUAUCCCGAAUAUGUCUUGCGUUUUUACUUGUCAAACAUUUUUUUCCUUCAAAACUUUUGAAUCGCCCGACUUUUGGUUUCCUCCACUUAUUGUGUUCCCCCUCCCCCCUCCAAUUUGCAUUUUAAUUUAAGUUAAUUAAACACUUAUUGUUGACUCCCAGGAUCCUCCAAACAAGGCUUUCAUGUACGUGAAACUAUUCUUCCGUGUCUCUGUCAGGCUUUUUUUUUUUUGAAAUUCAAUUGAAAUUCAAAUUUCUUAACUUCAUUUUCAAUGGCUUUAUUCAACUGUUGAAAAACAAAUUGUCUCUUUCUCUCCGAUGCGCGUGUGCGCUCGAAAAUUGAAUCUUCUUUUCCCACACAUAUCUGCACACGAAAUAAAGCGUAAUCGUCGGUCAUUUUACCCUCAUGUAAAACUGGAAAUACAGAAAAAAGAAUAAAACAAAACCAAACAAA